GAAGUUACCAAAAUGCGAUUGGUUAAUUCGAUACGUGGUAUUAAGAAAAUUUGUCUUUUUUUGUUGUACUGUUAUCAAACCGUAUCCGUUUAAUCGCUACACUCUAAAAAACAGUGGCGUGACCUUUCACCACACCCACGUAGUUAGAUAACUCGGUGUGAAUAUGACACCGAAAGUGUAGAAAAUCUUUCACGCCAACAAACGCGGUGUCAACUUUGAUGCUAUAUAUAUAUUUUAUAAAUAUAUAUAUAUAUUUACACGACAUAUGAUGUGACCGCCGUGACGGCCACAUGUAACUGUAAUAGAACAAUCAAUCGCUACAACGUUUAGACUAUCGUGUAUGUACACCAGAGACCCUGUAAUCAGAGACUGGUCAUAAAAGAGUUCGUCAGCAACGUGUACAUAUAGAGACUCUGUAAUCAGAGACUUGGCCAUAAGAGAGUUGGCCAAAUUCCUGAGAGUAAGAAAGAAACAUAAGCUAUCUCACUCUUCUACGAUUCUACGGUCGUAGGAAAGUGAGAUAGCCUGUGUGUUUCUUUCUCACUCGUAGGAAUUAGAGCAAUUCUCUUGGGCCAGUCUCCGAUUACAGAGUCUCUAUGUGUACACAUUGCUGAUCGUUCACGUUGACAGUGUGUUUUCCACACUAACCAGGCAAUGUUAAUUUCACGUCGAUGAGAUGAGAAUUAUGUAAACACCUGUACGGGUGUUCAUUUCACAGCACUGGUGAAAAUUCACGGUCCAUAUUUCUUAGAGUGUAGCAUUCCUUUCUAGAAAUAUAAGUAAAAAUGCGAUCGGUUCUCUUUUCAGCGACAGCCAACAAUGAAUCCUGGUCGCGGGAACAGUUCGUACUAUCAUAUACGAGCGAUGAGAGCCGGCGUACAGCGGAUCAAGCGAGUAACUAUAAACGUUUACGCGACGUUUCCACGGGUGUGUGCAAAGUACUGCGUUUCCAUACACGUUUGUAGAUGUUGCGGGCACACCUGGGAAAUCAGCCGUUUCUCGUUGCGCACUUGAUAAAUGCUGCGCGGAAAAGCGGGCUCGUGGAUAAUUGCGGUUCUUCUCGCUGCAUAAUGAAAAAUCCGAAUUACUCCACUGUACUAUUAUUCCUCCUUACCUCAGCUGGAGCCCCUGCCACAACAGAUAUGCCUAACCAAAUGGAGAUUACCACUACACCGGACGGCAUAAAAAUGUAUAAGUGCCGGAAAUGUAGUGAAAUAUCCAAGCGACGUUACAAUCUGAUGCGUCACUUCAUUAGAUUCCACGAAAAGAUUAUGCCACGGAAGUCAUGUUGCAGUAUAAUAUUUGAUACCAAAAGUGAUUUUUACAAACACAAAGAGGAAAUUCAUGACGAAAAGAAAAAAUACACCAAAGAACAAAACCAAACGUCAAAACAGGACGACAUAAGAACAGAAACUUCGAUGGAAAAUACACGAGUGCCAUUGAGAAGUAUGGCUAAUGUAAAUAGAACCAUCGUAAAACGCGCCUCAAAACCGCGCCGAAAAAUUAAAUCAAGUUCAAAGGAAAAUUUAAAAAUAUACAACAUUAUGGAUACAACAAAAAAAGGUAUAAUUAAAAGGUUUCAGUCGAUUAAUUAAACAUUUUUAAGUUGCGCACGAACUUACAAUCUUUCGAUACUUGACAAUAUUUAUUUGUUAAUAUAUGUUUUACAUGUACGUA